AAAUGUGGUCCAAUAUUUUCCUUCUUCCUUGGAUAUGUUUGAAUCUAUAAUAUGGCAUAUCAGAUAUAAUAAUAACCCCUCUUACCCAACAUUUAUUUCCUAUAUAUCUUCGUCUCUAUCCCUCUUCUUUCUAUAUAUAUAGGGACAACUCUUUCUCAACCCUUGUCACUAGUCAAAUAAAAAGAAAUAAAUACUUAUAGUAUAAGAGCAAAGCAGAACACAGAAGUUCUCCAUUUAGAUGGAGAAUAAUAUUGCUUGUUCCAUUAUUUACUUCCUUCUCUUUCUUCUCACAGCUCUACUAAUUUAUAUUUCAAAGAAACAAAUAUGGAAAAACAUACAAAAAGCAAAGCUGCCUCCUGGUUCGAUGGGCUGUCCGUAUAUAGGGGAAACUCUCCAACUCUACUCUCAAGACCCAAAUGUCUUCUUUGCUAACAAACAAAAAAGGUAUGGUAAUAUAUUCAAAACGCACAUUCUUGGGUACCCUUGUGUUAUGCUUGCUAGUCCUGAAGCUGCCAGAUUCGUGCUUGUAACUAAUGCUCACUUGUUCAAACCAACUUACCCCAAGAGCAAAGAGAAGUUGAUUGGCCAUUCUGCUUUGUUCUUUCACCAAGGAAACUACCAUUCUCAACUAAGGAAACUAAUUCAGAGCUCGUUAUCUCCUGAAGCUAUUCGUAAACUAGUUCGCGAUAUUGAGGUCUUGGCCAUUUCUUCCUUGGAAUCAUGGUCGCAAAAUAACCAAGUCAUCAAUACAUUCCGUCUGUUGAAGAAGUUCUCCUUUGAAGUUGGCAUUCUUACUAUAUUUGGUCAGCUGGAUGCUAAGUAUAAAGAGGAGCUUAACAAGAACUAUUCAAUAGUAGAGAAGGGCUAUAAUUCUUUCCCUACGAACUUGCGGGGGACUGCUUAUUACAAAUUUUAUGCUGAACUGUAUAUUCUAUUAUUGUCAAAGGCGAGGAGGAAGCUUAAUCAGAUACUUAGCGAAAUAAUCAGUGAAAGGAAGGAGAAAAAAACAGUAGAGAAAGAUCUGUUGGGUCAUUUAUUGAAUUUCAAAGACAAGAAAGGGCAGACUUUAACUGAAGAUCAAAUUGCCGAUAAUGUCAUCGGAGUACUCUUUGCUGCCCAGGACACAACAGCUAGUGCUUUGACAUGGAUUCUCAAGUACCUCUACGACGACCAGAAACUUUUAGAAGCCGUUAAGGCAGAACAAAGAGCAAUUUACGAAUCAAAUGAAGAAGGAAAGAAGCCGUUGGCAUGGGCUCAAACAAGAAAUAUGUCACUAACUUACAGGGUCAUUUUAGAGAGCUUAAGGAUGUCCAGCAUUAUAUCUUUCACCUUUAGAGAAGCUGUGGUUGAUGUAGAAUACAACGGUUACCUGAUUCCAAAAGGUUGGAAAGUCAUGCCAUUAUUCAGAAACAUUCAUCACAAUCCAGAAUUUUUUGCCGACCCACGGAAUUUUGAUGCUUCCAGAUUUGAGGUUGCUCCCAAACCCAAUACCUAUAUGCCAUUUGGCAAUGGUGCCCAUGCUUGUCCCGGAAAUGAACUUGCCAAACUGGAGAUGCUGAUUCUCAUUCAUCAUUUGGUUACCAAAUUUAGGUGGGAAGUCGUAGCUUCCAGAGAAGCGGUACAAUAUAGCCCAUUCCCCAUACCUGAGCAUGGACUUCCAUCUAGGUUCUGGAAGGAAACAAGAAGCCAAACAGAUCCCUGGAAAACAGAUGCCUCCUGAUAAAACUAAUACUAGCAACAACAACAAAAAGCAGAAAGCAGAAGAUACUUCUGAACUUAGUUUCCAGUUUCUAGUGAUACUCAUCCCUGUAAUUUUUUUCUUUCCUGGGAUCUAUUUUGUUGUCUUUCACGAAAUUGUAUUAUAUAAUUACGGAGUAGUAGGAUCUAUUUUAUUCUCUUCCAAGAAAUUGUAUUAUAUAAUUACGGAGUAGUAUGUAAAGUCAAUCACAUUUGCUAACAAAGAAAACCAUAUCUUUUCUUCUUCCGGCUCAA